AUGUCUUCGCUACCUUUGUCAGAGAUUCAGGGCUCGAAUUUCACCCCUGAUAUACCUUGGCCUCAGCACCCUCCAGCGAUAGAUGCAGGUUCUGUUGGAGUAGGAGACGUGACAUAUUCCCCGAAUCAACCUGGGCACCCAAGAACAAGUGCCCAGACGAUGGGGGCUGCUUUCGCAGCCAGUGGGAAGAGCGUUGGCAAGUUCGUGGGCUAUGGGUAUAAGGGGGCGAUUGUUGACAUCCCGCUGGCAACAACUGAGGGAUUGCGAGCCGUACCCCGACUGUAUGACCUUGGUCCUGUACGGGACUGGAAGCCCGGUGUUGCCGUUGCUGGUAAGGGCUUUUUAUACGGUGUCGCUGGUGGCCUUACGGAUAUCGUCGUUCAACCAUACAGGGGAGCCCAGGCUGAAGGUGCGAUAGGUGCGGCUAAGGGUGUAGCCAAGGGGACGAUCGGUACUAUGACCAAACUUUCAUCUGGUAUGUUGGGCUUGGUAACUUACCCUAGGCAAGGGAUUUGCAAAAGCAUUCAAGCCAUAGGGCGGUUAGGAACUAGAAAACAAAUUGUUGAAGGACGAGAAAAAGAGGGAAGGUUCAUGGCACGGAGGGCCAUAACUGGCCAUAACUGCGGGUAUUGA